AUGGAGACAGAGGCAUCCUUGAUCCUCCAAGUCUUUUCUCCUUGCAAUGAGUAUCUGGUGGGUGAUUCACAGCUGGAUAGACAAUCUCUCCAUGAAUGUCCCUUGGCACACUGCCUUAGGAAAAAGCUUGUAGAGUUCUUGUCAACUUUCUCCUUGAAUCCUUCUAGAUUCUCAUCAAUAAGCUCCUUUGGGAAUAGAAGCUUCAUGUUGCGGCCAGACCUAGGUUUUCUAACCUUCCUUCUUGGCUUGGCCUCAUCUUCAAUCUUGGUUGAUCCCUUGGGCGGUUUUGGUGUAGGGGCCUUAGUCUUACUCCUUGCUUGUGGCAAGCUGCUUGGGCUUAGGAAUGGGAUCUUCCUUGAUUGUCUUCAGUUUCUCCUUCUUGGGGUGGCUUCAAAGUAG